AUGACUCAUAGGUUGGAGAAUUACUCUUGCAAAAUGGUAUCUGAGGAAAAGCGGCAGUACAAGGACUUGGUUUCUCGUCUUGAGAGCGAUGCAGAGGACGUAUCUUCUCUUCGGCUAAGUCCUUCCCGCACGAUUCGAGGUUUACGUGAAUUAACUGGACAACCAAUUGCAAGGUCCUCAUAUCAAAUGAGUACAUGCCAAGCGAAGGUAUGGAGCCGUGAACACUCCACGUCUAGCCACGGUAGACACAAUUCGGAAACCGCCUCCAGUUCUGAGGAAGGUGUCCUUACACCGCCCUCAGAAUUUCCCCGUCUCUCCAUCACUGCGAAGGAGCUGUUCUGCCUUAUGAGCACGCUGAAUUUGUCAUUUGGUCCCUCCUACGACUUCCUAACCGCCGACAGCGAAGAAUUCUGUCUCGAACCGGAGUUGUGGGUUGUCCAGCACUACAUCUCUCGUUUCUGCUCCAUCUACGUGGACAAAUACGAGUCCCUGGCUCCAAAGUUGUGGAAGGCUAUUGAGGAGGCUAUAGUUUCCCAAGAGUGCAUUAUUUACAGGUGA